AUGUUGAAUACAUCGACGGUAGCAACGGCACUAAAAUUAACAAUUAAUACGCCAAAAUAUUAUAACAAAUUUCAACAAAUACAGAUGCUUUUAGUGAAAUUCACGAAUCCGUAUAUUCUUAUCAUUAGCUGCAUUGGUCUUAUUGCCAAUUCAUCAACCAUCGUUCUUCUAUCAAGGAGUUUUAUUACGAAAAAUCUUCGACAUAAAUGGACAUUGAUCGCUCUAGCUUGCAGCGAUCUCAUAUUAAAUAUUGCUCUAUUAAUUCGAGUUAUUCAUGAUGUUAACAAAUGGGAUACGCAACGUCUUUGUUUAACAAUCUCUUUUCUUAGUCAACUAGCUGAGUUACUCUCAGCUUAUCUUACCGUGUUGUUUACCAUCCAACGUUACAUCGCUGUUCGGUAUCCAAUUCAAGCUGCUACUCAAAGACGCUCAGCGCCAAUUGUUCCACUUGGGUGCAUAUUCCUUUUUAGCUGUAUCUUUUGUUGGGCAUUGAUUCAUUUUAAUCCUCACGUCAAUUGCCAAGAGGAAUUCAAUCUCAUCUGGUUCAUUGGUGACGCUUUAUGCUCAUUUAUCAUUCCGUUUUCUCUUAUUUUGAUAUUUAACAUUCUCAUUGUGAAUCUUAUUCGACAACAUGCUCGAUCGGCGAUCAUUGCAAACUCCACAGUACCGAGACAGCGCAAAAAAGAUCGAAAUGCUCAACAGAAUAUGACACUGAAUGAAGAUACUUAUUCCAGAACUUGUUCAUACACGUGUCUACCGACAUUUCAAGGGCAAUACUCCGACGAUGGAAUAACCGGGAAAGAUAAUUCAGAUAAUUCGUUGAACAAGAAUGUUUUGGCAAUCCAACAAAUCAAUAGUGAUGAGAUAGAAUUGGUUGACAACGAAAUGUGCGCCACAAAGGCAAAAGUUGAAAUCGUUGGUAAAAAUGCAGUUGUAUACAAUCAUCAUUCAUCACUUUUGCAACACUCCGGCUCAUUAAGUCAGAAGCCAGCCAACAAUAUAUCACUUAAAUCGAAUUUCUCACGCGAAGGUUCCGAGCAUUUCUCAAGUAAGGAUGCUCCAACAAAUCAAUCGAUUCGCGUUACCCGUAUGCUCCUUUUGGUUUCAACUUGUUUCCUUGUGCUCAAUGCGCCAGCCCAUAUCUGUUUAAUUUUGGUGAAAAUCCAUAGUACAAUCGAUGGACAGAUCUUCACUCAACAUGCUGCACUGGAUCAUUUUCAAGAGAAAGCAAAUUUGACAACAAAUCAAUUGAAGAAUCUCGUCUUUAUCGAGAUUAAAAAUCACACAAUCUCGGAUAUACAUCAUCCAUUAUCGGACAAUGGAGAAAUAAUCGAUGAUCAAAUAUUAAUUCAUUUACUUUUCAUCGCCGUUUUCUUUACACAGUUAUUCUCGUAUACGUCUUACUCGAUCAAUUUCUUUCUCUACUCGUACAGCGGAAUGGCGUUUCGAACAGGACUUCGACAAUUUCUGAAUAAAUUCCGAUGGCAUUGA